UAAAAUAUCUCCAACCAUGUUUCUUUACUAUAUAAAUAUACUGAGUUCCUCAUAUUUUCCAAAUACGUGCCUUGCUGAGCUAAUACUACAAAACAGAUUCAGCCACAGAGAAGAACUUGGUUCGAAACAACAAAAACUACAUCAAGAUGUCUGAAAGCGACUGGGAUACUGUGAUUGUUUUGCGCAAAAAGGCCCCUAAGGCUUCCACGAUGAAGACUGAAUCGGCAGUGAAUUUAGCUCGUCGUCAAGGUAUUCCGGUAGAGACCAACCAAAAAUAUAAUGCCGGCACAAAUAAGCAGCACGUUGCAACUAAAAACACCGCCAAGUUAGACCGGGAGAACGAAGAACUAAAGCAUAAAACAGUUUCCCACGACAUUUCCAAGCUAAUCAUGCAGGGUCGCCAGGCCAAAGGACUUAGUCAGAAAGAUCUGGCCACGAAAAUCUGCGAGAAACCUCAAAUCGUCAAUGACUAUGAGGCCGGUCGUGGUAUUCCAAACCACAUGAUUCUGGGCAAAAUUGAACGGGUGAUUGGAAUAAAAUUGCGCGGCAAGGAUAUCGGCACCCCACUGGCGCCUCCCGGUAAGAAGUGAAGCCUUUCGGGAGGCAACAAAUAACUAACACAUCUAUAUAAACUCAACCCGAUACAUACGCGACUGUGGCGAGAGUGAAUUAAUCUAACCAAAUUCUAAUAUCCUGCGGUUUUACUGCAAUUCGAAACCGGUGCAUUGAAAAAAAAAGAAAGAACUGUACACACUGAAAAAAUAAUAAUAUUUGGAUGUUGAUUAGAAUGAUUGUUAAAACAGAACUAUUUGCAUUACUAAAACGCAAAACGUAACUAAAGCUCAUGUUCUAUACAGUCAACACUUUGUAAAAUCCAAUACAUGUGCAUUUACAAAAAUCAUUCAAAAUUGUUUGGAGCUAUGUUAGCUUUAUCUUUGUUUACAAAUAUAUCGUUUGAUAGUAAAAGCAUAUUCGCUAUAAAACAACCUGUAAUGUACAUGUUUGCGCACUUUGCAAUUUAUAGUGAUCACAUUAGUCGAUCAGUAGUCUUAAUAACAUUCUUGUAAAACAAAUAGAAUACACGCCAGUGUUAGAUUGAACCCCGCGUGAAUAAACCUUUUCAUUUAGUAAUUGAUGUUCUAAGCGUAUAAGCAUCAUUAUUAUGAGAAAACGUUUCAUAAUCUGCAGAAAAAAAACGAGAAUUUAUUUUUUUAUGUUUUCCGAGUAAAAAUACGUAAUAUAAGUCCAGCUCGGUUUGCAUUGUUUCUAAUAAUGGCAGGUAAAUGAAAAAGAUAUUGAUGUUUUGAUUAUGUUCCUAAAUUUAAUUCAAUUUACUUUUUGCAAAUAUUUCACAGUGGGCAACUGAUCAAGCAGACCAAAAGAGCGGAACGCGGAAGAAGUAAAUCUGGGAAACUGAAAAAAACAUUGUAAAUGAACGAAUGUUUAGUUUUCAGUCUCAUUUCGCGUCAUAUAAGAUUACUUAUUAGUUAGCACAGCUUUACAAUGAGCCGCCGGGAAAACAGCUAAAAAAGUGACACUUGCAUUUGAAAUUAUUUUUUCUCCUUCAUGCCUAUUGUUGAAUUCCUAACUGGAGCACCGAAAUUAUGUUUACCACAUCUUUCAAUAAAACUUGCUGUGAAAGGAAAAAA